AUGCUGCAUGUCGGCGCGACCACGGACAUCGGCAACUACCGCAACGCCAACGAGGAUGUGUACGCGGUGUUCCCCAACCUGCCACGCAUCGCGUCCGACAUUGCGACGCAUCGAUCGGCCGUCGCGGUGUUUGACGGGCACUGUGGAGUUCGAGCUGCAACGUUUGCCCGGGCAAAUUUCGAAACCAAGCUGGUGACGUCGCCCGCCUAUGGCGUUGACACGUGCGGGGCGCUGGAAGCGUGUGUCCGUGCGAUUGAUAGCGAGUUUCUGGCGAUGGCGCGGAAGAAGCAUGGCAUGAUUGACGGCACGACCCUUGUUGCAGUUGUCAUCGAAACCAUGGCGGCUGAUGCCACGACCAGACUCACAACGGCGAAUGUGGGCGACUCGAGGGCCAUCAUGAUCACGAACAAGGUCCUGCAGCUAACCGUGGACCAGAAUGCCGCGCGCCCUGACGAAGCCAGUCGGGUGUACGACAGUGGCGGGUUCGUGGCAUUUCGCAAUUCCUUUCGCAUGCCGGAGACAACGCUAUCGGCGCCUCGGCGACUUCUUCGACGGUUCGCAGAUGGAUGGAACCACCGUGUGCAACGAUGGCCCUUGCGCGUGUACCCUGGUGGGCUCGCGUGUUCGAGGUCGAUCGGUGACGUGGAAUGCAAGCAGACAGGGUUAGUCAUUUGCGACCCCGAGUGCGCAUCCUACGACCUCCAUGCAGAUAAAGACGUGACGGUGGUCGUGGCGUCCGACGGUGUGUGGGAGGUCGCAUCCAACGCUCGCGUUAAGAAAUGCGUGGACGCUACCCUCCGUCGCUCGAAGCACUUGGCUCACGCAGACCAGGCACAUGCCGUCAGUGCGGCCAUCGUCUCAUUAGCCAAGCGGCAGUCGCACAGCACCGACAACAUCACGGCCGUCGUCGUGCUCGUUCGGUGGCGCGGGCUGCAAUGA